AUGGCACCGAAGAAAGAAAACACUAAGAAAGUAGCGGGCAACGCGCGUAAAGCCGAGGCGGCAGCACAGAAACAGGCGGCGAGCGACGCCAAGCACGCUUUAGAGGAGGAUGAGGAAUGGGGCAAGGGUGCAAAGAACAAUAAGAAGAAGGAAAACGCUGCCGCCAAGGCAGCUGAGCAGGCGGCAAAAAAGGCUGAACGAGACGCCCUGUUGGCAGAAGAGGAGAGGAAUCAGCGGAGUGCGCCUAAAGGAGCAGGGAAGAAGACAGCGGAGAAGAAGAGCCGUGGGACACUGGAUCUCGGCCAGCUGGACGGUGAGCCUUCCAAGGCGAUCAAUGCCUCCGGGAUUGACAAUGCACUUGAUGCGUUGACUCUGACCGGAUCGGCGAAUGAUCUAAAACUCGAUCGCCACCCAGAGCGAAGGUUCAAGGCCGCAUACAAAGUUUUCGAGGACCGUAGACUACCUGAGAUCGAACUCGAAUACCCCGGCUUGAGGAAAAACCAGAGGAUCGAAAUCGUCAAGAAGGAAUUCGAGAAAAGCGAGGACAACCCCUUCAACCAAGCUGGAAAUGUGCGGUAUGAUGCGUCCAGGGAAGAUCUGGAUGCUGAAAGAAAAAGAGUCAGGGAUGGUGUCGAGCAGCGGCUUACUAAGAAAUGA